GCGAAAAGACCGGCACACCACACAGUCUGCAGGGAAUCCGCACGCGCGAACGACAUGAUUCCGAAAGCCUAUUUGGAAAGUGUCAGCCUACGAAAGGAAGGCGCCCGGCUAACCUCCGAAUUUCGAAGUACAUGCCGGUAUAAUAAUGAAAAAUCAUACCUCAGUUCUGCCCUGUUUGUUCCGAAAAUGGUAGCCAGACAUUUUGUGACCGUUCUGACCGUGGACGAAGGCAUCACCUACUAUGAAUCCGUGGAAUUCGAGCGUAAAACAGUGGUUUCGCAAUAUUCGGAAACGGUGAAUCAAUUUCCGAAAGAAAAGGGGAAAGAAUGUUAUCGAACCUCACUUCGGUUUGAUCCUAACUGGACGUGCAGGCACUAUGUGACAGGAAUUGAACUUAUACCUGUGCAGAGACUAGCAGUUGCAGCAGAAUCCGACGUGGAAAAAAAAAUAACAGAGACCAAAUUGACCAAUGGUGAUGUUUAUGAAGAAGAGUUAACCAAUGGUUUGAUAUAAGUACUGUAUUUGAACAACUUUUAUGGUGACUAUAUUAAGCAUUGUAUGAUUUUCUUUGAGUGUCUACAAUUUUAAGCAAGUUGCACACCAAAGUUUUAACUUUGUACAUUGUUGAAUUAUUCAAUUCAAAAAUUUUAACCGUGGAAAAUUUUUAUUAAA